AUGGACACAAGUGACAACAAACCUAGCAUCUUCAUCUUCACAGUUCAACAGUCAAACGACGCAAAGUAUCCAGCGUUCCUGGAAGAUUUCCCGGGACUUGUUACCGCCGGUAAGACAUACACAACCAAAAGAAAGAUCCUCAUACCGGAGAAGGUCUCGCCAGACGGACUAGCACUCCUGCAAGACCAAUUUGACGUCGACGAGCGGAAAGGUCUGAGCCCAGAGGAGUUGAAAAGUAUCAUUGGCGAUUAUGACGCUCUUAUCGUGCGGUCGGAGACCAAGGUCACGGCCGAUCUUCUAAGUCAGGCGAAGAAAUUGAAGGUUGUUGCUCGUGCGGGAGUUGGUGUGGACAAUGUCGAUGUGCAAUCUGCCACUUCCCAUGGCAUCAUUGUCGUAAACUCGCCAUCAGGCAACAUCAACGCUGCCGCUGAGCAUACCAUUGCACUACUCAUGGCUGUGGCUCGUAAUGUCGCCGACGCCUCGCAAAGCAUCAAGGCGGGGAAAUGGGAACGCAGUCGCCUAGUGGGUGUUGAGGCCAAAGAGAAAACACUUGCAAUCGUAGGUCUGGGUAAAGUCGGUCUGACAGUUGCUCGUAUCGCAAACGGUCUUGGUAUGCGACUUGUGGCCUAUGAUCCCUACGCCAAUCCAAAUCUUGCUGCCGCGGCAUCGGUAACUUUGUUAUCCAGUCUCGCAGAAUUGCUGAAGAUGGCAGACUUUUUGACAUUGCACACCCCUCUCAUUGCUUCGACGAAGGGUAUGAUAGGCAAAGCCGAGCUGGCCACCAUGAAACCUACAGCGAGGAUUUUGAACGUUGCAAGAGGCGGCAUGAUUGAUGAAGAUGCGCUUGUUGAAGCGUUGAAUGCGGGCACCAUUGCUGGAGCUGGUAUCGAUGUUUUUACAUCGGAACCUCCUCAGCCAGACUCUUCGGCUAGCAGAUUGAUCGCGCAUCCAAAAGUGGUCGCGACUCCUCAUCUUGGAGCAUCCACAAAAGAGGCCCAAGAAAAUGUGUCGAUUGAUGUCUGUGAGCAAGUCGUUUCGAUACUGUCUGGCGAACUACCUCGCUCAGCCGUCAAUGCGCCUAUCGUCCUCCCGGACGAGUACCGAACCUUGCAACCGUAUAUUAGUCUUGUUGAAAAGAUGGGCUCUUUAUACACUCAGCAUUACUCAUCCGUCAAGAUUGAUUCCUUCCGCACUACUUUCGACAUUACGUAUGAGGGCAAGCUUGCGACCAUCAACACCACAAAACCGCUAUUCGCAGCAUUAGUCAAGGGUCUUCUCACCCCCAUUACGUCCUCGGACGGGUUGAACAUCAACAUUGUCAAUGCGGAGAUCCUGGCAAAAGAGCGCGGUAUCCUCAUCAACGAACAGCGAUCCCGUGAGAACGUCGAAGAUAAGCCGUAUAGCUCGUUCAUCACUCUCCGUGCACGAGCUACGCGAUCCGUCUCACAAGCGCGCGACAACUCACGCACCAGCUCACCUUCAGCUGCACGCAACGUGAAGUUGCAGGACUAUGAGGAUCAGAUCAUACAGGGCUUUGUCUCAGGCAACAAGCCCUUCAUCUCACGCCUCGACAAGUUCAGAGGCGAAUUUGUACCUCGUGGCACUCUGCUCAUCUGCAGGAACUUCGAUUCCUGUGGCAAGAUUGGAUUCGUAGGCAACCUGUUGGGUAAGGCUGGCGUGAACAUCAAAUUCAUGAGUGUUGCACCGUUGGACGAGGAAAUUGAAGAGAGGCAGAAUGGGGAGGAACGUGGGAGCAAUGAAGCACUGAUGAUUCUGGGUGUGGACCGACCAGUUGACGAAACGGUACAAAAGGCGUUGAUCGGACCUGAAGGUGUGCUGGAGGCGAGUGUAGUGAACUUUUAA